CCUGCUGGGCUUUCCCGGGAGGCUAAGUACCUGGGACGCCAUGGCCGUCGCCUUGCCAGGAGCCACGUUGCCCGCUGUCGUCGAGGAGCUCCUGAGCGAAAUGGCCGCAGCGGUGCAGGAAAACGCGCGAAUUCCUGACGAGCAUCUAUUAUCGCUGAAGUUCAUCUUCGGCUCAUCGGCAGUCCAGGCUUUGGACCUCGUGGACCGACAGUCUGUCACCUUAAUCUCAUCACCCAGUGGGAGGCAUGUUUACCAGGUACUUGGAAGUUCUGGUCAAACAUACACAUGUCUGGCUUCUUGUCAUUACUGCUCGUGUCCUGCCUUUGCCUUCUCAGUGCUGCGGAAGAGUGACAGCCUGCUGUGCAAGCACCUCCUGGCGAUUUAUCUUAGUCAGGUGAUGGGAACCUGUCGACAGCUAAAGGUCUCUGACAAGCAACUGACUGACCUAUUAUUCGUGAAGAAGAAACAAGCAGCACAGAAGGAUUCAGCUGCAUUUAAUUGUGUGCACUUGAACACCAGCCAGUGCGGGGCCAGGGCGAACCGUAUUUGGCAUAAGCAAGUUCUCUGAUGUGGAUACAGGAGAUGGUUCCGGCCAAUGAGACGAAAGGAA